ACGUUGGCGUUGGAUUUAAAGUUUUAGUGAAACGUGAUCGGCAAACUGAAGCACUCCAGGGCAAAAUGGAAGGCAGACAAACGGCCAACAGCGAGGAGCAACUUGUUAUAUUCCUGAAGAUAAUUCAAGGAAUACGGUUCCACCAGGAUAAACCAUCACGGAAGAUUGCGUUGAUCGCUUCGCUCGACCACACCACCCUCAACACAAUCAGCCGCCGUCCGAUCACACCGGGCGGCGGAUCGGCUUCCUUCAAUGCCAGCAUCGUCUGGGCCUGCGAUCGAUUCUCGGUGAAGCGCAUGAAAACCACGAACCAACCGAUUAAACUGGACUGUUUCGAAUCGCUGCCCGAUGGUCGCCGGUCCCUCAUAGGCAGUGUCGUUAUCCCGCUCCGUUCCGUGCCGGUAGUAUCGUUGAUUAGGACCAAACAAAUUCAACCUCGCUGGUAUCGACUGAUCGGGAUCGAGAGUGAACGCUGGCGGCAGCGCAAACCGGAACUACAGCUCCUGGUCAUGAUUACCGAUCCGCGCUACCUGCAAACGGACGAUGGAAAGGAUUCGUCCACAGGCGACGAGUUGAGCGAGGAGCGACAGGAAACGACUAUCUUCAAAAAUCCCAACGCUUCACGGCUACCCGAAGCAGUUGAGCUGCUGGAAGACCGUGGCCUACUGCAAGUUGGCAACCGAGACAAGGAUACCGAUCUGUUUCUGCUAGAAAUCGUACUCAAGUGUGGCCGCCACCUGGACCGGUUGGCUCCGGGCGAAAACACAUUUCAGCUGCGGUACCAAUUGCUCGGCGACCACUAUGGGCCGGUGGCCGAAAGAAAGGAACACGGUUCGGCCGUAUUUGUGGUGCAGGAGAAAAUAUCCAUCAACGUACGCAGCUCGAUAGCCGCGCUAGGGCACUUUUUGCGCGAUGAUUUCAAGAUUGCGGUCGAUGUGUUUCAUGAGGAUCGCGAACGACUCGAAGGAGAUGAUCCGUCUAGGAGCACCGUUGGUACGACCGUGAUUGAUUUUACUAAUUUUUUAGUGGAAAAGGAUCUAGCGACAUUUAAGGAAAAAUAUUGCCAACAUAAGGACACGCUGGUUGCCGUACGCAUCUUCCCUAUUAAGACCAUCGAUCGUCGAGAGGCAGGUGAUCAAGGCGAUGAGCUCCAGGUAGAACCGUCCUUGAAGUGUAAGUUUUCUCUCCGGUUCCUGGGAAGUGAUACUUCUUGUGCGGCAGAAGAAUCGAAUGAAAUCAAGCAGCCCACAGCUAGCCCUAUGGAUGAUGGUGAUUGUGAAAUGAUGGUUUUCAGUACUACGCAGGAAAAACUAUCCAUUGCGGAACCAAAGACAGUUACAGAAGCCAGCCAGCAUUCGGGGCUGAAACCACCGACUGAGCAAACCAAAGAGACAAGCGAGCGACACGAAAAAGUCGAUAUCGACACGAUCCUUCUAACAGCCGAGCAAGAUUUGCGUGAUAUAAGACGUACCUUUGCCUUUUCCGUCGCUAUCGGUGGUGUUAAGUUUAACGUUAACCCAUCGGCUGGCAUGUGGCAGCUUACCUUGCAGCACCCGAAAGCGGAUACACCGUUCACGAGGAUUGUGCUAGAGCUGCUUCCGGAAACGAUUGCUCCCUCGGAUCGUAUAGAGUUUGGGGAUGUGGCACUUAAGCUGCUGUUUUCUACCCUUCCGGAGGAUAUCCUGGCCACGAUCGGAUGCGAACCAUCGAAGUUAACGCUCAACGGACCACACGGGCUGUACGCGUAUGCCUGGUUGGACAACGGAAGUCUGCUCGUCGGUACACGCGAAAAACGAUCCAGUGGAGUGGUUGUGCUGGUGAAUGAUUCGGGCGAAAGCAUGGCCAUCGCAUCCGUAACCUGUACCCUGGAGGAGGUGGGUCUGAACUACAACUGUCAACUACGUCCCGCGCAAGGAUCGCAAAAGCCUUCGCACACCAUAGCCUCCAAGAAAGGAACCGCAUGCCAUCACCAUCACACGGCUGGGCGACCGUUCGAUGAAACCAUCGCCUACUAUCUACUGGAAGAGCAGAAGGAGUGGAUGCGCAAGGAGCGCGAACGGUUCGCGCAGGAGCUGCGGGAGAAGGAGGUGGAACAUCUGGAGAAGCUAACCCGUGAUUUGAAGCUAAAGCAGAGCAGGGAUGAAAAAGUUUUGGCCGAUCAUUUGGCACAUGCGGACACCCUUGUGUCGACGCUAGAGGAGGCAAGCCGUACUCUGGAAGGACGGUGUCGUGGACCUGAAAGCGAUGCGCGUGCACAACAGCAGGAGAACCAAUUUCAGCAGCAACUAGCGGCGAUACGGGCCAAAGCAAUUCGGUUACAACAGGAAGCGGAAUGCCAAAUCGAAGCAACGCGCAAACAGUGCCUUGAGAUGCAGGACCAGUUGGCUGAGCAGACGUAUCAGCAUCAGUUGCUAUUGGAGAAGAACCGAGCGCUACAAAUGGAGUUCGACGAGGAACGUGAACGAUGGACGAAGGAGGAAGAAGGACUACGGCUAGCCCUUGAUGAGACGACACAAUCGAAGACCCACUACAAGGAGCAGUGGGCCAAGUUGACACGGGAGGUGCAUCGGUUGCGCCAGGAGCUUUCCGUGUCCCGCACACCGUACUAUCAAUCGUCAACAUCGCUCGUUAAGCGACCCAAAAAGCCUUCUCCGGGGAAAACUCCAUCCACGAUGACAAAUUUUGAACGAUAAUUGUGGUUUUUUGUUUGCUUACGAAAAAAAACUUAAGAUAAGAUGUGUUUUUGUACCGCUUCACUCUUGAUAAGACUGAUUUAGAAUGUAAACGAGUAUGAUCGAAAUCGAAACGAGUAAUCAAAUUGUUAAGCUAUUGUGAUAAUUAGACGCGUAGUGUAUAUAGACUAAUAAAGGCGUUUUGAGUUGGAAUUUGACUGUA